AGGUUUCUGUGUCGUUUAUAAAAUGCUAACAUUUACGGCUACUUCGUUGAUGUAUAUUAUGAAAACGUGACAAAAUUUAUUGUUCUGUUUUUCAAAUGGAUCAUUUGGAAUUAUUUUCUUACACCAAAGAUUAGUAAAAAGAAAUUGAAAAGUAUUUUUCUCGGUAAGACUAAAAAUGUCGAAGAAUGGCGAAUUGUCAUCAAACCAAGGUCCUAGUCGACCAAGUAUGCCUAAACCGGAUUUGAACUUGUUUAACCCUGAAAAACGCAAAAUACUGGAGUUACCAUUAGGAGGGUCACCAGGUGAUGGUGCUGCGUUUUUGCCGUUUUCUGCCAAUAGCUCUUCACAGAAACCGCGGGUACCAUCUCGUACAAUAAGAGAUGUUCUUCCUGAAAAUACAAGAGACAGAUGUAGAAUUUAUCCAACCAUGCAAUCUUCAGGAAAAUUACAGUUGUCUGCGACAGAAAUAUAUGAUUUUACAGCAGAUGACCUUCAAGAUUUGGGCGAAAUUGGACGAGGUGCAUUUGGUGCAGUGAAUAAGAUGGUUCAUCGAAAGACCAACCGUGUCAUGGCUGUGAAACGCAUUCGCUCUACAGUAGAUGAAAAAGAGCAAAAGCAGUUACUGAUGGACUUGGAAGUAGUAAUGAAAAGUAAUGAAUGCCCAUACAUAGUUGAAUUUUAUGGAGCGUUAUUCAAAGAAGGCGACUGCUGGAUCUGUAUGGAAUUAAUGGACACUUCAUUAGAUAAAUUUUACAAGUUCAUAUGUGAGAGGAUGCAAACUCGAAUACCUGAAAAUAUUAUAGCAAAAAUUACUUUGGCUACUGUCAAAGCCUUAAACUAUUUAAAAGAAAAACUUAAAAUAAUACAUAGGGAUGUGAAACCUUCAAACAUAUUACUAGACAGAAGGGGAAAUAUCAAGCUAUGUGACUUUGGUAUAUCUGGCAAGCUAGUUGAUUCAAUAGCGCGCACCCGUGAUGCUGGGUGCAGACCUUACAUGGCGCCGGAACGGAUCGAUCCUGGCCGAGCGCGGGGCUACGACGUGCGAUCCGACGUAUGGUCGCUGGGAAUCACCCUGAUGGAGGUGGCGACGGGCGCCUUCCCUUACCCGCGCUGGGGCUCCGUGUUCGAGCAGCUACAGCAAGUCGUGCAGGGCGACCCGCCGCGUCUCACCAACAAUAAUAACGCAUUCUCCAACAAUUUUGUGGAAUUUGUCAACACAUGUCUCAUUAAGGAAGAAACUCAACGUCCGAAAUACAAUAAGCUUUUGGAGAGUCCAUUUAUUAAAGGCAUUGACCAAAGCAGAGUUGAUGUGGCCGCGUAUGUUUGCGAAGUACUGGAUGCCAUGGAACGAAAUGGCGUAAGUCCUUUCACCACAGAUCAGCCGGCACAGGCGUGGGUAGAUUAAUGCGUCACUGUUACUACAAAAACACUUCUUAUACUUAUCAGUUUACUUACUGGUAAUGGGAUUGAUGUAGAUAAAAAAAGAAACAACCACUUUUGGGUUCAUCUUCUCACAGUACAAAAUAAUAAUUUACUUUUGAGAAAUUAUAAUGUGCAUGUUUUGGGCUCAAAGAGAAGGCUCAUGAGACUAUGACUACCAUACCACCAAUCCUGCAAUGGUGAAAGUCAAAUGCACCCUCAAAGUGCUUGUUCUACGUUCUAUUUCCCUAGAAACAUUUGACAAGUGUUAAGUGUCUAUGUUGACUGGCUUGCCUCCUAAUUCAUACAUGCUGUGUUGCAUUACUUUAGAAAGAGUUUAACUUUAUUGAAGUACUGUAUGAAUCGAUGUAGUAUAUAUUAGGACAAGUAGAACAAUUUUUUAAACCUUGAAGUUUGAUAUGGAUAAAAAUGCAAAAAAUAUACAUCCACAUACAAUUUUGUAUCUCUACUUCUUUCAUAUUGUAAUAUACUUCAAUUUAUUGUUUCGUACUGAUAAUUUUGUUUCAAAUUAUUUAUAAAUACCUUAUUUUAAAAUGUAUCCAAAGUCUAUUCUUCCUUUUAGACAGUUAAUAUGAAGCAAUAAAGUAUAAAAUAAAGAAAAUGUGAAUGUUGAAAAAAAAAUUUUUAAUUUGACCAAUAAAGUUUUAUUCAAUGGGAUAGUCAAGGCCAAUAGCAAGAAAAAAUUAUUUUUCUUAAUUUUAGCAGCUCUCAUACAAUAUGUUCAUUAAAUUAAAGGCCAUCUCUACACAUUUUUGUUUAAUUUUCAUUUUUAGGUGAAUAAUAUACUGGGCUGCGGUGUAUACUAAAAUAUGUAUUUAUUUUUCAUAAAUCCCAAAUAAGAAAAAUACAUGAAACUUAGAAUUUCUCAAAUUUCUUUGUAAUAAUUGGUUAUAAUUUUUUUUCUUAAAGUUCAUUAGUUUUUGUUCUUGGUUAAAAAGUAUUAAAAUAUUAUUUUUUUAAAAAGGGGUUCUCUAUUUUAGUUUCACUAGUGUUUGUAAAUUCAUUCUUCUCACCGUGUAAAAAAAUAUGUUUAUUAAUGUAGUCCAAAGAAUUAUGGGUGGUCUUUUCGUGUUUGGCAAUUUCUACAUUCUGUAAUAUUAAACUAGGUAUUAGAUAGCACUAAUAUGAAUAGCUUCACAGACAAUAUUAAGUAUCACUUGUUUUGUACCUUGUAAAAAAGUUCCAGUUGUGUGGAUAAUUCAUAUUAAUUAUAAGAGGCAACAUGAGAAGAAUAAUAAAAUUAGGAAAGGUUGUUUAACCGUCUAGUCUAUUUAUUUAGUUACUUAAAAAAAGGUAUACAAUCUAGAAAUGUCUUUUAAUCUAAAAAUCAUUAGUUCCUCAUACAAACUUUUUAUGCCAUCAGCAGAUUAGUUCAUUUUAGAACAAAAAGCAAAAUUAAUUUAUUAUGACAUCUGUUGUUUCAGUACUAUUAAUUAAUUUAUUAAUGUUUUUUCAAUAAAAAGACCAAUCAGCAUUGUUAACCCUUAUUUCAGUACCUAAAAAAAUUAACUACAAUUGAUUCAGGUAAAAUAACCUACAGCAAAGUUAUAAAACUAAAAUUUUGUCAUUAUUAGGAGGCCUACUUCACCGUGAUGAUAUCAUAGAAACAAGCUAAGUUGAAAAAAGGUUUCAAUUUUAAAUGUUUGUAUUUUUGCUACCUUAUUUGUUUUGUGAACACACACAGUACAGAAUUGCAAUUUUUUAAAUUUGUAAAUAAUAAAAAAAAUGGGUCAAUAAACAUCAGCCAUUUGUAUGAAAUAAUAAAACCAUUAAAAUGGAAAAAAUCAAACCAUUUUGCAGUUAUAAAAAUAUAUUUAUAAGAUUUGGUUCUCAGUAAGUACUAUUACAUUUUAAGAAAUAGAGUAUGAUAAAUUAGUACAGUUUUGUUUUAUUGCUACUAAUGGUUCUCUCUAAUAAAAAAUUAAUCUUAAGGUAUGAUGUGUCAAAAUUAAUGAAAAGAAAAAAUCAAUGUUUAUUCUAAAACUUCACUAAUUUUCUUUGCAUUUAAAAUCUUACCAUAUUUAACUAAAAGUUUGUACUUUGCCCCAUCAGACAACUGUGGAGACAAAUAAAAUGAAUCUAUUGCUUUUGG